AUCCGAACCAUGUACCUGGGGAUCCAAAGCCAGAGACAGAAGGAACACCAGCGGCGCUUCUACUGGGCUAUGAUGUACGAAUAUGCUGAUGUGAACAUGCUGCGUCUCUUGGAAACCUUCCUGGAGAGCGCUCCCCAAUUGGUGCUACAGCUCUGCAUAAUGAUCCAAAAGAACCGUGCAGACACGUUACCGUGUGUGUCUUCUGUGGCCUCCCUCAUGUCCCUGGCUUGGGUGCUAGCCUCCUAUCACAAGCUGCUCCGGGACUCCAGGGAUGACAAGAAGAGCAUGAGCUACAGAGGGGCCCUUAUCCACCUCUUCUGGCGCCUCUUCACCAUCUCAUCCCGGGUUAUCUCUUUUGCCCUCUUUGCUUCCAUCUUCCAGCUCUACUUCGGGAUCUUUGUCGUGGUCCACUGGUGCGCCAUGGCCUUCUGGAUCAUCCAUGGCGGGACAGACUUCUGCAUGUCCAAAUGGGAGGAGAUCCUGUUCAACAUGGUGGUAGGGAUUGUGUACAUCUUUUGCUGGUUUAAUGUCAAAGAAGGGCGGACCCGAUACCGAAUGUUUGCCUAUUACACCAUAGUCUUGACAGAGAACGCGGCCUUGACGCUGCUCUGGUAUUGUUACAGAGAUCCUGACACCACUGACUCCUACGCCGUGCCAGCGCUGUGCUGCGUCUUCCUUAGCUUCGCCGCGGGGAUCGCGCUGAUGCUCUUGUAUUACGGUGUCCUGCAUCCCAUGGGGCCGAGAGCUAAGAUUUUUGCCAGCUCUUGUUGCGCCGAGCUGCUCUGGGGCAUCCCUUUGCCCCCUGACAUCGAGCCCAUGGCUCCCCAGGCCCCUGGGUACAGGGCGGCUCAGGUCACGCCUACCAGAGCAGCGAUGGAGCAGCAGGAAGAGCUCACAGCUGACACCUGCCUGCCUGUUUUCCAGGUGAGAGCGAUGGUGCCGCCAACUCCGUCCGGGAGGCCCGCCCACCCAGAAGGCCCUCUCAUUAAGAUAGACAUCCCAAGGAAGAGGUACCCGGCUUGGGACGCUCAUUUUGUAGACAGGAGGUUGAGAAGGACUAUAAAUAUCCUUCAGUAUGUUACUCCCACUGCUGUAGGGAUAAGAUACAGAGAUGGACCUCUCUUAUAUGAAUUGCUACAGUAUGAAUCUUCACUUUAA